AGAAUUUACGCUCAAGUUUAUGACGUUUUUGAUAUUCUGUAUGACCAAAAGCUUGAAGAUCCAGAUUUAAAUGAAAAAGUGAAUACAGAUAUGGAGUCUUUCACAAAGAAUAUUAUUUCUCCAAGAAGAGAACCAAAGGUUUUACCGAAAUUACCAGACACAAAGAUACUUGAUGUGUCAUGUGGAAAUUUAAGAGGAAGGCUCCACCGAGAAUUGUUUACUUGCCCUGGGAUACACCGAGAGUGUAUAGAACUGGAAGAUCACACUUUUGUAACACCAAAGAAAUUCAUGUAUAUGGGAGAAAAAGCAAGAUUAAAAGACUGGAAAAAUGCAGUUAGGAUCAAUGGCAUCCAAGUCAGGAAACACAUUGAUGCAGGGCACUUGACAUUUUGGAACCAUGAGAAGAUGUGUACUGGGAGAUGUCAGGCCAGAACUGCCAUACGACCAGAUUCCAUCAUUAACAACCCUCCUCCUACAAGCUACCAGCCCCCUGUCACAUUACUCACAACCACAGCAGAAAAUGGAACGAUGAAAAUACAGAGUGUAUCAGGUGGGGAUGGGGUUCCCUGGGAUGAAGAUAAUUCAGAUGAGCUAGAGGAUGUCAAGCCUGAUCUGGAACAGCUUCAGCUCCAGAUGAUAGAAAACAUGAACCAAGCUCAGAAAAAGAUCCAGUCUACACUUAGCCUGCGGACUCCGGUUGCCUAUCCAGACAUCCAGGGAGACACCACUGAUGAGGAAGAUAGGAUGUUGUGGAAGGGGAUAGUGGAGUUAGGAUUGGUAGAUGAGUUUUUCCGAGAGAUCAAGGCAUCUCUGGAUGUCCUCAAAAACAGAAUGGUCAGACGAAUGGUACCUCUGGAAGAUACCCGAGCGAUAUCUGUAAUUGUGAAACAGCUUGGAUUGAUGUCCAAAAUGAAGUAUAAGUUGGAAGCUCAUCAAAUUGACAUGGAGAGACAAAGACUUCGACUGGACAGAGAAAUGGAAGAUUUGCAAAAGAAAGUCAAGGAGUAUGAGCAGAAGAAGGAGGUGUUAAAGCGUAAGAGUGAAUGUUUUACUCAGCUUCUGGAUAUGGCUAAGAAAGAUUCCCUGCCUGAAUCAAAGAGGAGCAGGUCAGAAGACUCCGCCUCACCAGUACAACUGGUAUUUGCUAAUGCUGGUUCAGUCUCCAACUCUGAUUUUGAAGAGAGUUAUGAGGACAGUGACAAUUCUACACAUGUCAGGAUAGUGAAAAAUGGCUCAAACAAUGGAAUUUGUAUCGAAUUUGAGAAUGAAAGUGAGGACUUAAAUUAUCACGAGAGUGACCAGGGAGACACCGACAGCCAUUCACAAAGCCCAAUGACGCAGGACGAAGAGAGUGCAGGAAAGAGUGAUUCCAAAGCUACCAAAAUGAGUGAACGCAUCAGGAAAACUGCGCGUUCCAGGCGAAGCACUCACAAUAAAGAAUUUGUGUCUUCAGAAGACAUUCCAAACUGAGGCUGUGAAAUCCACUGUUAUACAUACGUGUAGAUGUUUCUGACUAUGAAUUCAAAUUAUGCAAUACUUUAAACAUUAGCUUUCAUUAGCUUUGCUUGUUUCAAGGGAAUUUACAGAACUAUUUAUAUACUGACUAUAUACUCAUCAAUCAUAAAUUCACAGUUGAAGUUAUGUCUUUGUAAACUUUACCUUUUCUAGCUGACCUGAGCUGAAAGCUUAAAUGAGCUUUUCUGAUCACAUGUCAUCCAUCUGUCUGACUGCAAACUUUUCACAUUUUCUACUCCUUCUCCAGAAUCACUGGGCCAAUUAUAACCAAACUUGGCUAAAAGCAUCCUUUGGUGAAGGGGAUUCAAGUUUGUUCAAAUGAAGGGCAAAGUCCUUUUCCAAGGGGAGAUAAUAGAAAAAAUAUUGUGACAAAUUUUGGAAAAUUUUCUUCUCCAGAUAUAGUACAGAUUCAAGUUUAUUAAAAUCAGGGAUCCAGGGGAUAGGAUGGGGCUACAAUAGGGGAUUAAAGCUUUAUAUGCUGAUUCAUUUAUAGAUAAGAAAUAUCUUCAUAGAUAUUUCUUGAACUGUUUAAGCUAGGGGCUUUCAUAUUUUUUAAAAAUAUAAGUUCCUUAUAACAAGACCUUUCAUGUGAUUCAAUGGAGUGUGAUCUUGACCUGGAAGUUUGACCUACUUUUAAUCUUGCCUUUUUAAUAUGUCCUGAACUCUUUCAUAACUUGUAUAUAAAUUUCUAAUGGCAUGUCCUUUCAUUUCAUAUCAUGUCCUUUUACCUUAUGAAUUAAAACUCAUGAGUUUGACCUACUUUUAAGAAAUUAUAACCUAAGAAUUAAAUCAGGAACUAUUUUAAGUUGGACUUUCAUAUUUUGUAUAGAGAUAUAUCGUAACACAGUGGUGUGUGAUCUUCUGAACUAUUUAAAGUAGGUCUUUCAUAUAUUGUAUAUAGAUUCUUUAUAACAAGACUUUGUUAUACUUUAGUGUUGACCUGAAACAAUGGCAGGGCCAGUGUGGCUCAGGUGAGCAAUGUAGCCCAUGGGCGUCUUGUUUCAUUUAUGUUUAAACCGCACCAGGUUUAAAAAUCAUGAUUCAAAUUAUAUGUUGACAACUAGAAUGGGGUUUAUACAACAUCUGUAGAUGCCUUAUUUUACACUUACUAUCUUAAAAAAUGACUUGUAGAUAGCAAAUAGUGAGAACAGAAAGUCACAAGUGGUCUGUGAAGAGUUUUUACAUCAAUUUUUGCAAUAUAAAAAUAAAAUCGAGUGGUGCUUCUCACAAAAUCGUGAGAUAGUAAAUUUCUUGUGUAUAUUUUGGAAUCUACAGAAUUGUUGGUCAAUUGGUAUGUUUUGAUAAAGUUUUAUUUAUAUUAACUUUUUUUGCGAUCUUCAGUGCUUCAUGUGACACUUGGAAUAUAAACUGUUUGCUGCAGAACUGUAGCUCUCUGGAAAAUGCUGGAAUAGAUCAGAGAGCUGUAUGUCCACCCCUUAUCAAAACCUCAAUUUUAUGGUACAUCUUUUUGGUGCACAAUUCACUUGUAAUGUUAUAUCUCGGUAUUUUUACUUUGCUGCCUCAAGAUCCUAAUUUCGAAGAAUUCCUACACCCGUGUCAAGUCAUAACUACAAACAUUGAUAUUGUGAUACUAUUUUAGUCUCAUGAGAGCUGAAAACUCCAAGCUUCAAUAAAAUUAGCCAGUUUAUGUAAUUAUGAAAGUCAAUUUGAACUCUAUUGAUUAUUGUAUUUAUUCAUAUUUCUAAUACCGUAGUUUUCAGUCUUAGAUAUUUCUUUAUCAUGACUAAUCAAUAUUAAAUUUUAAAAAUGUAGUUCCUCAAGAUGUUAAAUAAGUUCUUAACAAAAUUUUAAGUUAUGUAUUUUGUUUUAAGGAUUUUUGUGGGAAUAUACAGUUGUACAUAUUGCAAGUAACUUGGACAUGUUGUUCACAGAUAUAGAGAGAGAAUACGAAAACGAAUGGAUAUUGAAAUUAACGAGUUUAAAUAAAUUGACUGGCAACCAAUCUGAUUAAAAUAAGAUCUUUGAUCCGCUCCGUUAUUGUUAUCAGUUCAAAUGAGAUUUUAUUCAAUACAUAUCUGAAGGUAGGUCUUCACACAGGUUUUGUGAGAAAAUGUGUUGAGAAUUUGCAAGAUAAGAUUUUGAGGUGCCUAUUUAAAAAUAUUCAGAUAUUAUACUGAAUUCUGCGCACACAAAAGCUGCACUUUAGAUUAAUGAAUCUGUAACUUUGAGAGCUCUACAGUUCUGUAGUCUGUAAACUUUUGUAGAAUUUACAAAACAAGAUAAGUUUUUUUAUUGAAUUAUACCAUUUAUGUUGAUAUAAUUUAGAUCUAUAUUGUUUUACAGAAAUCCACAUUAAAAUUUUGAACAUUUAA